CCAAUUCUCCUCCACCGGGCUCUGUGGCCAACUCAAACCGACUGAAGUCAUUCUCCUAGAGGGAUUGACCUCUCGUAAGCCGUCAAAAUGUCUCAAACACUCGGUCUGACGAGGCUGGCCUACUCCCGAGUAUGGCACGGCGUUUCUGCUUCCGCCCCUCAUGCCACUCUCUCGACUCAGCCCGGCGUAACGCCCCCUUCUCUCGGCCGUCUCGCCUCGCGCAUCGCUGUCCUCCUCAUGGGCAAGCACAAGCCGAUUUUCGACCCCUCUACCGACUGCGGCGACUACGUCGUGGUGACCAACUGCGCAGCCCUUCACACAACCGGCCGCAAGAAGUGGCAGAAGCCGUACUACAGACACACGACCCGACCUGGUAGCCUCAAGACGGUGACGAUGGACGUGCUCAUGGAGCAGCACGGUGGUAGCGAGGUGCUACGCAAGGCUGUGCGCGGAAUGCUGCCCAAGAACCGACUGCGGGACAAGCGAUUGGCGAGACUCAAGGCGUUCGAGGGCGAGGCACACCCGUACAAGCAGAACUUGAUACGGUUCUCUGGUGUCCAGGUUGGAAAGCAGGAUUGGGAGAAGGCCGUGGAGAAGGUCCGUAACGCGGACAAGAACAGAUUAUGAGAGUGUAUGGGAGGGCUGAGGACGAAGGCAGUGUGAUCAUGCUGUAGACAUAGUGCGGAUGAAUUGGGGACGUCUUGUACUAUCUGUACCAAUAUUGUGGGCAUCUCAUGACCUAGCUUUAAGCAAUCGACAACGAGUUUUU